CCGGCCCGGGCCGCCACGGCGGCGCGAUGAAGCGGCUGCGGCUGGCGGUGCAGGAGUUCGUACACGCGGCCGCAGGAGACAAGACCCCCGGCGGCGCGGAGGGUACGGGCCACGGCAGCAGACCACGGGCGGCCCCGCGUCCCGGCGGGAAGAAGCGCCGCCAGGAGCUGAGGAAGGAGAAGAGGCACCUGAGGAAAGCCCGCCGGCUGCAGCGGACCGGGGGGCAGGGCGGGGGCCCGGGAGCCGCCGGGGAGAACCAGAAGCAGGCGGCUCCGACUUCGGCUCCGGCCUCGGCCCCCGGAAAGCCGCAGAAGCCAAAGCAGCAGCAGCAGAGGCCGCAGCAGCCGCCGGCCGAGAACAGGCCCCUCCGCGGGCCCCCUCAGGCCCAGGCCCGGGGACCCGGUGCCGCCGCCGUAGCGGCUCGGAAACGGGCGCUUCUGGCGGCCAACGAGGAAGAGGACCGCGAGAUCCGCAAGUUGGAGCGCCGCCUGGGGCUGAGCAAGCGCCGCCAGAAGAAGAAGGGCGACGGCGGCUGCGCCACCGCGGCUUUGCCGUCCAGCUUUGUCCGCGACGGCCUGGACUACAUCCUCGGGGCGCUGGAGGCCGGCGGCGGUUCCGCCUUGUACGGGGAGGAGGACGCCGAGGACGGGGAGGGGGCGCCGGCGCCCCGAGGGGGCGGCCUGGACGGGAACGGUGACGAGGGCGACUCGGGAGCAGACAGUGACGAGGACGACGAGGACGGGGAGGAGGAGGCAAUAAUGGAAGAGGGUCUCCAAGAAGGAGAAGAGGACGAGGAAGACGAGGAGGAACAAGACAGCGCAGACACGCAGGUAGAGGCCGAGAAGGAAAAGAGAAAGGGCAGGAAGAGGGUGCGUUUUGCAGAUGAGGAUAGCGAAGAUGCCUCUUCUGAGGAUGAGAGCACCACCAAGGAGGUUCUUUGUAAAAGUGCAAAGUAUAUCCCACCUCAUGUGAGAAGAUCUGAGGAAACAGUGGAUGCCAAAAAGAAGGAAGAACUAGAAAGGUUAAAGAAAAAUGUGAAAGGUCUAAUUAACAGGUUGAGUGAACCUAACAUGGCUUCUAUAAGUGGACAACUGGAAGAGCUAUACAUGGCAAACAGUAGAAAGGAUAUGAAUGAUACUUUGACAGAUGUUCUUAUGAAUGCUUGUGUAACUGAAGCUGUGUUGCCUGCCAGACUGAUGAUGGAACAUGUCCUUUUGGUUAGCAUUCUUCACCACACCGUAGGAAUUGAGGUUGGUGCUCACUUUUUGGAAGCUGUGGUGAAGAAAUUUGAUGAAAUACAUAAAACUGGUAGUGAGGGAAAAGAGUGUGACAACCUUUUUGCCAUAAUUGCCCAUCUAUAUAACUUCCAUGUGGUACAAUCUCUACUCAUCUUUGACAUUCUAAAAAGACUUAUUGGAACUUUCACAGAAAAGGACAUUGAAUUGAUUCUCCUAAUGCUGAAAAAUGUAGGUUUUUCCUUGAGAAAAGAUGAUGCUUUGUCCCUGAAGGACCUGAUCACUGAAGCCCAGACUAAAGCCGGUGGAGUAGGCAAGAAGUUCCAAGAUCAAACUAGGAUUCGAAACAGUGGUUCUGGUAAAGAAACUCAACUUCGAGUCUCCUGGGAAAGCCUUUUGAAUGCAGAGCAGAUUGGCAGGUGGUGGAUUGUGGGAUCAUCAUGGAGUGGAGCCCCAAUGAUCGACAGCAACAGUCAUAGCCAGCAGAAACAACUUAAAGGAACGGUUAGUUCAAAGAUACUAGAGCUUGCCCGAAAGCAGAGAAUGAACACUGAUAUCAGAAGAAAUAUUUUCUGUACAUUGAUGAUUAGUGAAGACUUUUUGGAUGCUUUUGAAAAGCUUCUGAAACUUGGACUCAAGGAUCAGCAAGAAAGAGAGAUAGUUCAUGUCCUCAUAGAUUGCUGCCUACAAGAGAAAACAUAUAAUCCUUUUUAUGCAUAUUUGGCUAGCAAAUUUUGUGAAUAUGAAAGGAGAUUUCAGAUGACAUUCCAGUUCAGCAUAUGGGACAAAUUUCGGGAUUUAGAAAAUUUGUCAGCUACUACAUUUUCUAAUUUUGUGCAGUUGGUGGCCCACUUGCUGAAGAAAAAGUCACUUCCACUUUCUAUCUUUAAGGUAAUUGAAUUCAGUGAACUGAACAAACCCAGAGUCCACUUUUUACGGAAAAUAUUACAUAUGCUAUUAAUGGAAACAGAAGUUGAAGAACUUGCCACAAUUUUUGGCAGAGUGUCUGACAACCCAAAGCUGGGAAUGUUGCGGGAAGGUUUGAAGCUUUUUAUUAGCCAUUUCUUACUGAGGAAUGCACAGGCCCUCCAGAGUGCUGAAGAAGCCAAUGCACUUAAAGAAAGAGCCGAUCUUGCAACAAAAUCUUUGCAAGGAAAAUCAUCCUUAAAAAUGUAGUGUUGUGGGAAAGGGUCAUGAUUGGACUGAGUUGGUAAAACCAGAAAAUUUCUAGGCUGACAGAGCCAAUAUUUCUAGACAUGAGAAUAAGACUUUACAAGAAUCUAUUUGUUUUUAUGUGUCUUUGUUGUAUGUGUAUAAAGUAUAUUGGGUAUAAUUUAUACAAUUUUUAUAUUGAAAAUGGUUUUCUAUCGCUGAAUGUAAUGAGACCUUGAUAGAAAUUAAGAGUAGACCACUAGAUGGUGCAAUAAUCAUGAAAAAAAUUCAAUGUCAUUAGUGACUGAAUGUUUUUUAUAAAAAAGAAU